AUGAUGAAUGAAGAGGAUGAUAAUAUUUACAAUUUGUUAACUGAAUAUAGAGAGAGGCUAAAGGACAACUUUCUUUCUAUUUAUCUUUGGAAUGUAGAUUUUAUUCUAAUGAAUGAAGUGAGUAUUCCCUGUAGACUACUGAUUACUCAAAAAGAAUGUGGAUUUUUAAGUGGCGAACUAUACUCUCAAGGAGUCAAUGAGGUCAAUUCUGGAGAAAUUUUAAGUCUUCCCCUAUGGUUGGCGAAGGAUCUCUACUCUCGUGGAUUCAUUGAUAUAAACUAUCCAGAUUUCCUAUCUCCUAAGAUGAUGAAUGCUCUAAAAACGGAUCCUUGUAGUAUAGACCUCGCGCAGAUAUCUCCAUAUUUCUUUGAAGUUGGAAUUGAAUUAUCUAAGAUAUUUAAAGAUGAGGUAUUUUUGAAGGCUCUCUUUGAAGCAUUUAAAACAAGACUUGAACAAUUGUAUCUGUUUACUCAAUGCUCUAAUCACUGUUCUAUAAACCAGGUCACAUUAUUUAGAGGCAACACCGAUUAUAUGGGAAUAUUUUUAAACACACUUACUAGUUGUGAGAAGGGAAUAUUAGAAGAGUGUUCAUUCUAUCAAGAAGAUAUGGAUUGUAGAUUUUAUUGUGUGCGAAAGGCAAUGUGA